AUGACAAAAUUCAGACCCUGCAUUGAUCUCCACUCGGGACAGGUCAAACAGAUUGUGGGUGGUACUCUCAGCGCUGUGGCCGAAGACCUGAAAACCAAUUAUGUUUCUACACUCCCCGCGGGCCACUACGCCGCAUUAUACAAGCAGCACGACCUCCGCGGAGGGCACGUAGUCAAGCUAGGCCCUGGAAAUGACGAUGCUGCAAAGGAGGCCUUGCAGACGUGGAAAUCCGGGUUGCAGGUUGCGGGUGGCAUCACGGAUCAAAAUGCGCAAUAUUGGAUCGAUCAAGGCGCGGAAAAGGUGAUCAUCACAUCGUUCCUCUUCCCUUCCGGGAAGUUCUCACUCACGCGCCUUGAAUCAGUGCUGCAGUCACUGGGCGGAGACAAGUCAAAACUCGUUUUGGAUUUGAGUUGCCGUCGCAAAGGAAAUACCUGGUUCGUGGCGAUGGACCGAUGGCAGACUAUCACUGAGAUGGAGAUCAACAAAGAAUCCAUUGCCCUCCUAGAGCCUUAUUGUUCUGAAUUCCUUAUCCACGCGGCGGACGUGGAGGGGUUACAGCAAGGUGUGGAUGAGGAACUGGUCUCCAGGCUGGCAGAAUGGUGUACAAUACCUGUAACAUAUGCUGGGGGUGCCCGGAGCCUCCAGGAUCUCGAGAAGGUCCAUGUCAGUAGCCAGGGAAAGGUGGACUUGACCAUUGGAAGCGCCUUGGACAUCUUCGGUGGUUCCGGUGUGACCUUCAACGAGUGCAUUGAGUGGAACAAAACACACUGA